AUGGCGAGGAAGAAGAAGAAGAAGCGGAGACAUCGAAAAAAAAAAAAGAAGAAACGGACCAUCUUCACGAGCUUCCAGCUGGAAGAGCUGGAGAAGGCGUUCAAGGAGGCCCACUACCCGGACGUGUACGCGCGGGAGAUGCUUUCGCUGAAGACGGACCUCCCCGAGGACCGCAUUCAGGUGUGGUUCCAGAACCGAAGGGCCAAGUGGCGCAAGACGGAGAAGUGCUGGGGCAAGUCCACCAUCAUGGCGGAGUACGGCCUGUACGGCGCUAUGGUGCGGCACUCGCUGCCGCUGCCCGAGUCCAUUCUGCGCGGAGCCAAGGGAGACGACGUGUCCUCCUGCGCCCCGUGGCUGCUCGGCAUGCACCGCAAGUCCAUCGAGGCCGCCGAGAAGCUCAAGGGGCAGGACUGCUGCGCCCUCGACCAGACGGCCACCACGAACGCGUCGGGCGGAGGCUCCACGCCCUCGGCCACCUCGCCGUCGCCCUCGGGCCCACCCUCGUCACCCCUGGCCACCCCAGCGGCGGCGGACCCGCCACCUCCGCCGCCGCCCACUCCUCCGGCGUCGACGACCACGGUCGCCGCGUCGGAGCCACCACCCCAGGGCGUCGUGUCGCUCCCAGGGGGCCAAGACCUGCGGACGCACAGCAUCGCGGCGCUCAGGCUCCGCGCCCGCGAACACAGCGCGCGGCUGCAGCACUCGAUCGACGCCCUGUUCGCGUGA